CGCAUCACCUUAAUGAUUGAGAAAUCUGAAUUGCUUAUUGUUCUAUAUUGUAUCGAUACUUCGUUACAACGCCAAUGUUGAUAUUUGAAGUUAAUUUCAGAUUGAAACUUUACAAUUCUGUCAUAAAAUCGUUAUUUUUAUCAGUAACGGUAUUGAUAGAUGGCUGCAAAUAAGAUGAUUAUAUAGUGAUGCAAAGACAUUUGAAGCUACAAAAUUAUACAAUUGUAUUACUGUUUGUUUUGUGUAAGACAAUUUGUUAACGAUCUUCAACUCAUACCUUUGAUAUUAUAUUUACACAAGAAAAUAUGUCAGACAAUAUGCAACGAGAUAAACCUGAAUUAUUAACAGCCAAAGAAAAGAAAGAACUAGAAGAAAUGAAGAAAGAACUUUUAGGGCUAUUUAUGUUGUAGAUAUGAAGAUGUAUGAAACAGGGUAUACAUACAAGCAUAUGAAACAAAUUCUAGGUGUUAUAAAUGAAUCUAAAAAUAUGGCAAAUAUGUCAAAUGAUGAAAAAAAUGUACGAAAGGAGUUAUUACAUUCUCCUAAUAAUUGUACCCGAGAUGUAAUGCCCAAGACAAAUUUAACUCAAGAAUUGGAAAUUCAAGAACAUAACGAUACAUCUCAAUCAAUACAUUCGUAUAGACCUAAUCGUGCAUCUCCCAUAAGAGAACAAAUGUUUGCUCAUGGUUGUAGCAGUCCUGAUCUUGAACCUGUCAUGAAUGAAUCAAGAAACUCUAUGUACAGAAGCAAAAAUGUAGACGCUGAAAAUAUGUUUGUUAAAUUACAAGAUAAUUCAAAUACAAGAGAUAAUUAUAUUCAUAACAUGAAUAGAUAUAUUUCAUUGAAGUCAAAAAGCUCUUUACAAGAUUCUGAUAUUAUAAAUAGUAUACAAAUGAAAAUGGAUACACAUUCUGAAUGCGAGCAGAAAUUGGAUAGCUGGCAAAUUAAUCCACUCGAUUCGUAUGUUAGCGAAAAUGAUGUGCCUUUGCAAGAACCGAAUCGGCCUGUUGUUCAAGAUCGCAUGCCAUUUAGAUUAUGCAAAGAAGCACGGACACCCGAGAUGCUUGAAAAAUUACUGCCUGCAUUAAACAUUCAUUUGAAAGAAACGGCAGAAUUGUGGCAUAGUUGGCAUCGUACUACCGAUACUAAGUUUCAGUGGGGGUCACCCAUUCAGGUGGGGCUUACUAAAGAUAGUUCGAAUAGAAAAUUAUUAACAAAUAGUAAGACUGAACAAAAUCAAAUGGAAAACACGAACAAACGUAAUAGUGAACGAGCUAAUAAACGUAAAUCAACUUUGGUUUUGUCUUCUUCUAAUACAGAACAGUGUAGCAAUGAUGAAGAUGAGAAAAUAGUUAAAAGACCGAAAAUUCGAUCACAGGAAGACAUAAACAAAGUAUUGUAUUCGUACAGAGAUGACUGCCCUGUUAUCAGCGGUGAAAACGAUCAAAAUUUAACCAAUGAUAAUGUUAACAAAGAUUUUGAUAAUGUAGAAAUUGAUAAUUGUGAAAUAGAACCUACAAGAAAAGCCGAGGAACGUUUAUCUCCGGAAUUAGUGCCCUUAUAUCCAAGAAGAAUUAUGCCUCCAAAUGUUAGAAAAACUAUUAAUAAAAAGAAGGAACAUACUAACGUAACGCCCACCUGUUCAUUAGCACAUAGUAGCAGUGAAACGCAAAGUGCCAUAAGUUCAACGUCCAAAGAGAAUAAUAAUAUACUUACUGAUGAAGAAAUUCUUAUAGAAUUAGAAAAGGAUAAUAUCCGUGAUAAUAUUAAAACAACAUUAGAGAAUGUAAAAAUUAAACCACUACCAAUUAAAGGUCUUUCACGAAGAUUAAAGAACCAAUGUAUGGUUUUGGAGCAAAUUAAGCUUGACGAACAAAAACAAAUAGAAGUUGUAGAAAAAGAGGCUAAAAGAAAAGAAAUUGAAGAAAGGAAAAAGAGAGAAAAAUUUUAUAAAAAACAAGUUAAUGAAAUGCAAAAAAGGGAGAAACAAAAAGAAGAGGAAGAGAAGUUCAGAGAAGAAAAGAGCAAAAAAUGGAAAAAUGUAGUAGAUAUGAAGUAUCAAAAGAAAAAUAACAAAAAUAAUAAAGAAACAUUAGAAAACAUACAAGAUGGAAAUAAACUUUAUGAAACAAUGGAGGAAAACGAAUUGUUGCAGGACAAUGAUACUUUUGAAAUUGAAGGCGUGGAAGUUGUAGAGAAUGAUUCAACAAAUAAUAUAGACUGUCCUAUAUGUAAUAAAUCUUUUCCGACUGAUGAAAUAGAAACACAUGCUGCUGGAUGUGAACAAUAUAUAACUGAAAACGAAUAUGAAAAUACUUCACAUUUAAAAAAUAAAACGAUACCAAUGAAUAGUAAUAACUCUGAAAUUCUUGAAUGUAAUGUUUGUUCAAAGUUUAAAACAACUAGUGGAAUAGAUUAUGAAGACCAUGUUAAUAAAUGUUUACUAAGACAUGAAGAACAAUCGGUUCAGGGUAAAAUUAUGGCUCAUGACAAAAGGGAUGAGAUUACAUUUCCUGCAACUGUACCAGGUGGAAUAUAUACAGAUUUGAAUAAAGCAAAUAUUAUACCAGACAAUUUUAUUACAAAUAAUGAUAUAAAAAAUCGUUGGGUUGGUAAUCAGUCAGUUAUCUAUAAUAAAAAUUUUUAUGUUAAUGAUGCUUUACUAAGUGCCCCUAAAGUAAUACUCAUCUUUCAUGGUGUGGAUACAUUUGCUACAAUUUUUUUAAAUAAUGAAAAAGUUGCAGAAACAUCAAAUAUGUUUUUGCAAUAUACAUUUGAUGUAAAACAUUACUUAAAAAAGGGAGAAAAUUUGCUACAAGUUUCCUUUUCUUCUGCUGUUAAAAUAGCUGAAUCAUUAUACAAUGAACAAGCAUCAAAAUACAUUAUUCCCCCAGUAUGUGUUCCAAAUGAUUACAAUGGAGAAUGUCAUGUAAAUCACAUAAGAAAAAUGCAAGCAAGUUUCUCUUGGGACUGGGGUCCAGCCUUUCCAUCAAUGGGCAUAUGGAAAGGUGUAGAAUUAAUUCCCAUAAAUGAGAUUUAUAUCACUGAUGUUACAACAGAUAUUUAUAAAGAGGAAGAUUUUUGGAACAUUGUAAUAACAGUAUUAAUUGAUAGUACUUCUCAAAAAAGUGAUCAACCUAUACCUUGUCAUAUCUUUUCCGUACUUCGUAUCAAUGAACAAUUAAGCGUUUAUAAUUCUACUAAUUUUGAUAUAAGUACGAAAAAUGAACAUCUAGAAACAACUGUUCUUCUUAAAGUCCCUACAAAAUUUAUAGAUAACUGGUGGCCAAAUGGUUAUGGCAAUCAAACUCUUUAUUCAUUAAAUAUAACUGCAUUUACACCUACUGAUAUAAAGAAGAAAACAGUUAGAAUUGGAUUCAGAACAGUAGAACUUGUACAAAAACCUCUUGAGAAGGGAUUGAGCUUUUAUUUUCAAAUAAAUGGUGUACCAAUGUUUGCAAAGGGUAGCAAUUUCAUUCCAGCUAGCAUCUUUCCUGAGCUAAGUGCUAAACCAGAAACAAUUGAACAUUUAUUAACAUCUGUUAAACAAGCAAAUAUGAAUAUGCUUAGAGUAUGGGGUGGUGGUCUAUAUGAAUCUGAAUUAUUUUAUGAUCUGGCUGAUAAAUAUGGAAUCAUGAUUUGGCAAGAUUUUAUGUUUGCAUGUGGAAUGUAUCCUACUGCACCAGAAUUUCUUAAAUCAGUUAAGGAAGAAGUAAUACAAAAUGUACGAAGAUUAAAAAAUCAUCCCAGCAUUGUUGUCUGGGCUGGAAACAAUGAAAAUGAGGCAGCUUUGUAUGGAAAUUGGUAUGGAACUGGAACUAAACCAGUAUACAAAACCGAUUAUAUCAAACUUUAUGUAGAUGUGAUCAAAAAGACAGUGAAUCAAUUAGAUUUAACGCGACCCUUUGUAGAAUCUAGUCCUAGCAAUGGAUUAUAUACAGAGCAGUAUAAUUAUAUUGGAGAAGAUCCAUAUUCAAAUUUCUAUGGAGAUGUUCAUUACUACAAUUAUAUCAAUAAUGGAUGGGAUGUACACCAAUAUCCCCGUUCAAGAUUUUCAUCCGAAUAUGGAUUUCAAUCACUGCCAUCAAUUUAUACUAUGUUACCAGUUGUAGAAAAAUUGGAUGAUUUAAAUUUAGACAGUGACUUUAUGAAACAUCGUGAACACUUGCCAUUAGGAAUAUCAUAUUUAAAGACUCUUAUUUCCCAGAAUUUUAAAUUACCUGAGACUCAAAAUAACGUAACUGAUUUUAUAUACUAUAUAUAUUUAAGUCAGAUUAAUCAGGCAGUAUCUGUAAAAAUACAAACAGAGUUCUACCGACAAUCAAUGUCGGAAUUAAACGAAAUUGGAGAAGGAAUGACAAUGGGUGCUUUAUAUUGGCAAUUAAACGAUGUUUGGCAAGCUCCAUCUUGGUCUUCUAUAGAUAUUAAUGGACGAUGGAAGAUGCUUCAUUAUUAUGCUGCAGAGUUUUUUGCACCUAUUAUAGUUACUUAUUAUGUUAGAAAUAUGGAUCUUUCAUUUUAUAUCGUUUCUGACAAAUUACAUCCAAUAACAAAUACUACUUUGGAAGUGAAUCUUUAUACAACAAAUAAUAUGAAACCCAUAAAAUCAUAUACUUACUAUAACAUAACUAUAAAAGCAAAUGCAGUAACAAAAAUUCAUCAAAAUUUACUUAAACAUUCAUGGAUAUUGAACUCCACAUUACUUAGCGAAUGUCAAUAUGGUAAUAGUGGCAAAAAUAAUUGCAUUACGACACUUACCUUAAAGGACAAAACUGGAUCUGAAAUAGCUCCAAGGAAUUACAUAUAUCCAACUGGUGUUUUCAAAACUGCUGCAUUACCAAUUGCAAAUGUUUCUGUCACAGUGAACAAUUAUCAUUUACCUGGAAAAUAUUUUAAUUAUCCAGACAUCGAGUUUGAGUUAACUACAAACAACAUAACAUUUUUUGUAUGGUUGGAGACGAGCAAUAUUUGUGGUCAUUUCUCAGAAAAUGGUUUUCAUAUGUUUGAAAGUAAUAAAAAGAUCAUCUUCCAUGCAUGUGAAGCAAUUACACCAAAAAUAUUUAAAGAAAAUUUAAACAUUACUACUCUUUCUGAUAUAAAUAUAAAUAAGAAGAUGUCAAUUUUACUGUAAUUAAUUAAAGAUUCCUUAUUAAGGUUUAGUGGCUUUGAGGGAAAUAUAUAUCAUGAUGUAAAUAAAUUUCGAAUCCAACAAGAACACUAAGUAUAAUCAAAAUUAUGCUAAUUGCUAAGUACACCAAAUUUGACAUGUUGGUUGUAAACUAGUAAAUUUAUCUUUAUGUAUUAACGAAUCUUAAUUAAGUUUAUUGAUCGUUGUUUAAUUACAUGUAAAACUUUUUUAAGCAAAAUAAAAGAUUAAUAAUACUGAA